UUCCUCCCCCGAGCGGGUCUCUUUGCUUCAGUCACUUCCUCCCCCCACCUCUUCCUCCCCGGGGCGUGGAAGGAGGGAACCGGGGCCCGCGGCGCGCGCUGCACCACUUUUCCGUCGCUGGAGACCAGGAGGCGGGGAGGAAGCCAUGAAUGUGGAUCACGAAGUUAACCUCUUAGUGGAGGAAAUUCAUCGUCUGGGUUCAAAAAAUGCUGAUGGGAAGUUAAGUGUGAAAUUUGGGGUUCUCUUCCGAGAUGACAAAUGUGCCAACCUCUUUGAAGCCCUCGUGGGAACUCUCAAAGCUGCAAAAAAAAGGAAGAUUGUGACCUACACAGGAGAACUGCUUUUACAAGGGGUUCAUGACGACGUUGAUAUUGUGUUGCUGCAAGAUUAAUGUGUUUUGCUUAUCUUUGCUUAGCUUUAAGUUUUGUUUUUGGCAAACUGGAUAUUUAAAUAGCCAGGGGCAGACUGAUGGGCAGACUUAUUGUAUUUUUACAGGACAUUGUUAAAAAUGGAGACUCAUGUUUUGGAAAUCUGUCCUUUUUUAUAUCUUCAAAAUGUAUGUGUGGCACUGUAAAAUAAGAUCUAUUAUUUUUCUCAGGAAUCUGGUUGGAAAACCGAGGCCACGGAUUAUUUUGGUGGGAUGGGGGAAUUGUGUGUUUCAAAAACCAUUCCUAGAUCAUUUCUACAGAUACUUGACAUUCUGUGAAAAUAAGCAAAACUGCAGACCAGCUACCCCUUCGGAAUAUUAAAAUGUUUAUGUAAUAAAACCUGUAGUGAUCCUAAAAUUGCUUCACUG